AUGGACUUUGAAAAGCCAAGCGGCGAGGAUCAGGAUAUAUAUGUUUAUCGCCCUGACAAAACAUUACUCGACAACGGAGAACGAUCAUCGAAAAGACGCAAAGUUGCGACAAGCUCCAAGGCCACCACGUCUUCACAGAAAAAUGACUCGCAAGUAUUCGCUCCAUUGCUCGGUGGGAAGGAAUCUGCAGAUUUAGUUGCGCAAAGAAAGUCGGCCUUUCAAAACUUGUGGUCAACUCAGGAACAGAGAUGCAAGGAGGUUAUUGAGAAUCUGGAUUCUGGGAUUUUGGAAGACAUAACGACGUUUGUGAAAUCAGCAUCACCUGAAUUGUUCAAUGGAUGCAUUCCCACGUCGCUCGUCACCAUCGGCUCAAACGUAUCGGCGCUUCCUAGGCUGUUAGAUAUACUACAUCGGCGUCUUACCACGCAAAAUUGCGGUCAAGUGAUUCUUCUAGAAUCAGGUGACGCGCCAAAUUUGAAAGCGGUGCUGAAGACAAUCAUUCGAGUUGCGGUUACAAGUACUUCUGGAAAUGAUGCCUACCAGAAGCUUUUCACAGACAAAUCGGGUCCUCGAAUGCUCCCUUACGAUCUUAAUGUUCUGCACGACUACGUGAAAGGCCAGGGCGCAAAGCCUUUGGUAUUGGCAUUCCGAGACAGUGAGGCAUUUGAUUUUGGUGUUCUCAACGAUCUCCUCUCUUUACUCAGUUCUUGGGUUGAUCGAAUACCAUUUGUUCUACUCUUUGGGAUCUCGACGUCUGUCGAACUCUUUGAAGGCCGACUUCCCCGGUCCACUGCAGCUUUGCUCCUUGGCAGACACUUUGAAAUUCAUGAAGCUGAAGGUGCUAUUGAUUACAUAUACGAGACACUGCAGACAAAUCCUGAUACCAGACUAUGGCUCGGGCCGCAUGUGAGUGCAUCUCUGAUUGAGAAGGCCAGAGAUCACUUCCAGAGUCCUGAAGGUUUUAUUCGAGAAGUAAAGUACGCAUACAUGUCACACUUCUUCGCAAAUCCUCUCAGCGUCUUAUUGCCAUCCCCCAGCUCGCAACAGAAACAACUAUGCGAGGCCAUACGCAACUUGAAAUCUUACAGAAGUUUCUGCGAGGAAUCACUGGAACAAGGCAACGCUGACUUUGUCCGUAGUCUUCUGGAUGAUGAUGACAUUCUCUGGAAGCAAGUGCACGAGUCCAUAGAGCAAGGAUUGGUUCAAAUGAGUGAACUAUUCCAAACCGUCAAUACAGUCCGGUCACUCCAGACCGUGUUGCAGCUAACCAAAGCCAGCAGUAACACGGACCUAUAUAUUCGAGGAAUUUCUGGAGAUCUACAUGAUUCAUCAACCAUCAAAGACCUAUUGAGCCGGAUACAGAGGGCAGACUCGGACAGUCUUACGGUUAUGCUGCGAGUUUUCCAAGAGAGCAAUGCAGCAACAGCAUUGGUAGAUGUCAAGCAAUAUGAGCAAGAGCUCCAAAAUCUGUUGCUUACGCACAACGCAAGCGAACCCCUGCGAAGCAAAUACGACGACCAGAACUCCAGCAUCAAAACAACAAUAGUCAAGGACAAAGUGAACCUCACCAAGACCAAGAAACAAAUCUCCAGCCUCGACACCGCCUACUCCGAGCUACUUGAGAAAUUCGUUCAAGAGCUCGAGACAAAUCUGACCUUGAAACUCAUCAAUCCUCAGGACCUAUUAUUGCACGAAGUGUUUGUCUUCGACCUCCGAAACCCACUACGAGACACAUUUGCGCCUCGCGCUAGAUUCUCAAUUGAACGCGCCUUGUCUACUCCCUUCGACUACUUGGCGUCGUCAUCAUCUGCAUCAGAGCAUGGGGAAAGAGGAGGACACAUGUCUGCAAAGCAGCCUGAAACAGCUAUACUGUACCAACUGUACCUCGAAUCAGGCUCAUUAGUGAACGUGUAUGAUUUAUGGAAGGCGUUUUCCACCAUCGUAUGCGGUAGUGAGGGUGACGAGGAUGGUGAUGAGAGCAGGAGAACUUGCGAUGAGCGAUCUGCUUUGAUGCUAUUUUAUCGAGCUAUGUCUGAGCUGAAGACUUUGGGCAUGAUGAAGCAUAGUCGGAAGAAGAUAGACCAUGUUAGCAAGUCGGCCUGGAAGGGGUUAUAA